GUUCACUCUUUUUUAAAGGGUGAGGUUUCGAUGCUCGUGUGGUUAGCCAUAUUUAAAUGGACAGCCAUUAGGUGGAAUAGGUGUUAUGUUCCUAAGGAUAAAGUCGUAUUGAAGUUGUUUUGUGUUGAUACGUGAAAUAUAACAAGAAUCUCGAUGCAGGUGGCUACUCUUUUUAGGGAAACUGCUACGCUCCUUGGCGCUAGUAUGGAAACCCAAGAAGCGAGUGGUGUUGACCCUCAAGCGUUUAAAUUAUGCUUAUUGACCAGUGCUUUUGAACAAGAAACUUUGAUUUGCAGUAGGUCUGCAUUCCUGGAUGGGGCAAUGAAGUUGGAACCACAUGAUGAUGGAUAUGAGACAAGUGGAGAUCUGGAAUUACGUACACAACGAGACAACCAGAAGUGUCUCAGCCAUAUCCAGAAUGCUGGGGGCCAUAACCUUAAGUGUGAACCACCAGAAGAUCCCUACAGUUUUGUGGAUGAUGAUCCCACACCCACACCUCAACCUCGUGCUCCACCUGUAAUUAUGCAACCUGUUCCGAAGAAACGUGGGCGCAAGAAAAAGAAUAUUCUUGAAGGAGGGUUGGAAAAUACAGAAAAUUUAAUAAAUGGUGACACACUGGUGAAAAAGAAGUUGAAAGAAGAGAAGUUCAUGCCAAUGUUCAAAGAACGGAAAAAACAUGAUCGCUUUAAUGGCAUGCCUGAAGAAGAGGUGUCCAAAAGAACUCUGCCUGACCAUUUGGCAUUGAAUUUAGACAUAGUAAUUCUACAUCUCUUUUCUGAUAUUAGAGACUUACUCAUGGGUGUGUUGGAAUGGUGUCACCUCACUGAACCACUGCUGGGCUGCAUGACACCUGCCACCCAUGAGCACUGCCACUGCCUGCGUGUGCCACCCUGCCCACCCUACGACCUGUGUGCUCAGAGUGUGAAUGGCGUAGAGGAUUGCAUCAUCGAAUGUUUUCUAAAGAGUGAUCUGGGAAGACGCAGUGUCUCGCUUUACACAAGAUCAGUAGAAUGUUUCUUUUCCAACAUCUGUUUUGCUGAUUGGCUGACGGUAGAAAAUUGUGCAUUGCCUCCUGCCCCUACUGCAUGCUCUUUUGCCUUUGGGAAGUGUUUGUAUCUGUCGGGACUCACACCAGAACCAAUGACUGCAGAUGAUGAUUACAAGCUACUUCAAGUUGGUAUAGGAUUUACCAAUAUGGUUGCAAGAGCUACGAAGGGUAGUGCAGACCUCACAAGAAAAGAAAUCAAAGAAGGUAGCCAGAUUUUGCUUGAAAAAUUGCAGAAGUUCAAACCAAAAAUUGCUGUUUUCAAUGGAAAGCUGAUUUUUGAAGUUUUUUCGGGGAAAAAAGAUUUUAGUUUUGGCAGGCAGCCCGACUUUGUGGAUGGUACUAACACUUAUAUGUGGGUGAUGCCAUCCUCAAGUGCCCGCUGUGCUCAACUGCCUCGAGCUGCUGAUAAGGUUCCAUUUUAUGCAGCUUUGAAGAAGUUCCGGGAUUAUUUAAAUGGUAUGAUAACUGAUCUGGAUGAAACAGAGGUUGUGUUUUCUGAUUCCAAAUUGAAAAACUAUUUUGAACCAGAGUUGAAGGAAGAGCCUAAAGAAGAACACCCUUUUAUUACAUAUGGUAGACUGCCAAACAAUGGCGAAUUAACUGAUCUGAGCAAUGCUGUAACCAAGAAGGAAGACCAACCUCCUGCAAAGAAGAAACGAGGUAGACCGAAGAAAAUCAAAACGGAUAGUGUGGAACCAAAAAAGAUUGGUCCUGAUACACCGAAGAAGGAACAUGACAGCAAUUGUGGUGAAAUGCCAAAAAAGAAGAGAGGGCGGCCUAAAAAGAUAAAAUCAGAAGAUGUACUUGUCCCCAACACUGGGAUAGCUGAUCACACAAAUUCAUCUGCAGGCCUGUCUAAUUGCUUUUCUCCUCCUAUACAGUCGCCCACUAAUUUUACCCAACAAAAUUUUUCUUCCUCUUACCCUAACCAGCCACAUCCCUAUUCUCAGAACCCCUCACAGUCACCAUCGGAACCUCACAAUUAUCAUCAUUCACCUGUCCCUCAGCCCCAGCACUAUAGCCAAUCUCCUCAACCCACUUCACAACCUUUCACACACUCAGACUUGUCCUCAGAAAUCAGUGCAGCUAUUUCCUCUGAACACAACCUUGGUUCUCCUUCUCCCACAUCUCCAAGUCUAGGUCCUCCUGACUUUGAACCUCCUAGUAGCAUGCCAGAAGAUACUGCUGAGGACCAUCAGAAUACCUCAAGACUAACGAAGGAUGAAGUUAAUCCAGGGGACAAUACUCAAAACCCAAACGAAUGCCGUUUCUCAAGCCCAACUCCAUCAGGGGAUGCUCCUAAUUUAACGUAUCAAAAUUUCAGUAAUUUUCAGCCUAAUUCAGAACCUCACAAUGUAAUGGGGUAUUCCCAUGGAACUACUCCAGACUAUAAUACAAAACGCAAUUUAGCUCAAGAUGUUUCCUCCAAAAGCCUCUCAGGAUUGGAGUCUCUUGUUGAUCAAAUCCCGAGUAUUGCUGAGGGGGAUGCUGCUCAUAAUGCUGUUGUUGGCAGUAGCAGUGGAGAGGAACAAUUCGAAUCCAGUCAUGCUCCUGCUAGUCAGUUCAGUGAUGAUGGAGCUUAUAUGUCUGGGUAUUCCAACAGUCAACAGUAUAGUGGUUCCAAUAGUAAUAACUCUAGUAACUACAGUCCACACUUUACAAGUGCAAGUACAAAUUAUUCAGUCAGUACUUCCAACAGUUAUAACCUCCAUCACAGUAGUGCGAGUAUGAACUUUUCUGUGACCUCCCUGGCCAACAGCAGCACAUCAGGCGCUGAAAUUGGGGGGCAGGUGAGCAGUUCAUUUUCAGUGAGCAGCUUAGCAUCCAACUACACAUCAAUGAAUCCAGGCCUGAUGGGAGCAGCUCACCCUAUGGCAAGCCACAUGGUGAGCAGCACCAAUAGUAUGGGGGGAGGCAUGUUCGGAAGUGGGAUGAGUGGUGGUAUAAUGGAUAGAGCAUGUGGAAUGGGCAGCUCUAUGGGAUCCUUGGGAGCACCUGUUGGUUUGCCCAACCCCAUGAGCUCCUCAUUACCAUAUCCAUAUAGCCAAUAUUCACAUGGGGCGGCAUCCUAUCCAGGACCUGCAGGUGGCAGUUUCCAGUACACACCUACUCACAACUUGCAUGUGCCCAGCCCUAAUUACCCAUACCCUUCCCCAUAUUCUGCAAGCUCUUAUCCACAGGCCAGUUAUCUUCCAAAUCAUGUGCUCGAUCGAAUAAAACAGGAUCGUAUGGAUAUCGGGUUUGGUGGCUUCUGAUAAUAAUUAUUCCAUUUUAAACCAGAGAAGGCAAAGAUGGAAACAAAAUAGGAACAGAUACAUCAGUUCUAUGUGCAUUGUGUUUGUAUGGUAGUGAAUACAAGGUUGAUUGAUAACAUAUACAGUGAAGUGUGCUUGUAAUCCAGUGUUUGUUGUAUUCUAAAAUUUAUAUUUAACUUUAUAAGAAUCUAAUGAAUUAUAUCACAUGGUUGCAUAGUUUUUUUUUAUACAGUCCUGUUAAAGAAGUUUCUAUUAUCAUGUAGUGAACAGAUGUGUUAGUGUAUUCAACAGCCUGUGUUCUGUUCAUAUAACUAACACUACUUCUGUUAAACGAAAACUGCACAGGGUAAAUGACUAAAAAGAGGCUGAAAACGUGGCUUGUAAUAUCAACAUGUUUUCACAACUUUCAAGGAAUUUUCUUAAAAUUUGCGCAAACCAUUAUUGACAGUACUGUGUAUUGUGCAUCCUUGGAAUUGGCUUAUGGUUGGCUCUCAUUCAUAUAGUAUACAGAAUAUUUUCCUUGUAUUUGAAGUGGUACAAUUUUUAAGUCCAUAUUGUGCUGGGCCUAUGUUCUAUGUUACUUGUGUGUUGUUGGCUGAGCGAGUGGUGCAGGCUAAGCUAGCCGACUGGCCACUGCCUCAUCCACUGGCCUUAAUAGCCAGUGUUCUAUGUAUGUGUGAUUGCAUUUGUGUGAUAUAUGUAUGUACGUAUGUACGUAUGCGAGUGUGUGUGGUUCAGAGAGUGGAUGUAUGCAUUCACACAUGUUCACAUUGCAUUUCAAUAUAAAAUAAGCAGACUGGACUUGUUGCAAGUCACUGCUUGCAGGCAGGGUAGUGCAAUAUUUGUAGCUCAACUUUUGGAGUGUUGGACUGCUGGUAACCAAACAAUGUGAUCUAUACAAGAUGGUGCAUGUGUCAAAUGCAAUGUGAAUGUUUGUGAAACUAGUUUUACAUAAACUCAACUUUGCAUGUCAAAGAUGAGAUUUUAAUCUUUCUUUAAUGUUGCAUUAUUGUAAUAGCUGGAUGUACUUUCAGCUGGAGACUUACUUAAACUUUUAAAUUGUACAAACUGUACUAGCUGUGACGGAACGUUGCAUGGAGUGUGUGGCAGCUGCUCACCCAAUGGUGUAGGAUCCAGCCAAUUGCCAGGCUUUAAAACAGAAUCUCUGAAGAAAAAAAUUGUUGUCAUUUGUUGAGUCAAUUGUGUUGAUGGAUAAACUUCAAAAUUCAAUCUCUUCUCUGGGAAUAAGUGUGUUGUAUGUUCAAGCUAAUUUAAGAUGUUUUAAAUGAGAUUUUGUAUUAGUUAAAAGAUGUUUAUAUUCUUCGCUUGUAAUGUAUGAUUUAUAAUACUGAACUUGUCAGAUGUUCUCUAUGAUUUCUAUAUUAGAUGAUAAAGUGUAGUUUUUCUGAUGAUAUUGUGGGUUGUUACUUCCAUGAAGAUGUUGUGGAUUGUGUACAUACGUAAAUGUUUUUGGGACAUUUGUUUCCUUAUAUUCUUAUGAAAAGUAUUUUAUUUCAUAGAAUCAUGUACAUGAUUGGAAUUUUUUAAAAUUGCAUGGAUCUUAUUACACUCAGGUUCAGACAAGAUGAUCAUGGGGAGUUGUUCCUUGUAUGAUAAAGCCACCCAGGACAUGUAUUGAUGUACUAUUUCAUGUCAGUAUUGAAGGCAGAUCUGUGUCCUUGUCGUUCUCUGCAGCUCGCUCAGCCUGGGUGCCUCGGGCAUGGCAUCUGCCUGGUGCAAAUUGAAAUUUUCUUUGAUUUUUUUUAUUUUAUUUUAUUUUAAUUUCAUAUCUUGUAUCUAUGUGCACUGUAGAUUUUGUAUAUUGUAUGUAAAGUCAUGUUUCUGUUUUCAUUGUAGAUUGUUUUUUGACUUGUGAGACAUUCUUGAAAACUCUAUUUUAAACACAAGGCAUACAUGGCACAUGAAAUAAUACUUGUCAUAGUACUACAUUGUUAAAUAUUAAAGUUGUGUUUCACCAGUUUUAAUGUUGAUAUUUAUGUUUAGCUAAUAUGCCUGGUUCUUUAAUAAUUCUUGUUGUUUACUAUAAGACAGUUAGUGGAUUGAAUUCAGAUAUAUUUAUAAUAUUUAAGAUAUAUUUCAUGGCAAGUCUCUACAUUGUAUUAUCAUUGGUCAGGCCACUUCUGAUUUAUUUUUUAUUUCUCCUUGACAAGGAUUCAGUUUUAAAAGUGUGACGUUAUUUCCAUUCUUAUGUAUGAAUUGUUGCAUCUAAAAGAUUCUUCUAAAGUUAUUCAGCUAUCCUAGUAUGCU